GGGCAGGCAGCCCACACGCACACGGCCUUCCCGCCGGGUGUGACGCCACACCACGCCGUCGCCGUGACGUCGCGGCGGCGUGACGCAGGCACGCAGAGGGGCGCGCUUGUUCAAUGAUUAGGCUGCAUUAGCCGGAGUGUUCAUCUGUGACGCGGUGUUUCAAGGAUUUUUAUGUGGAGAGGAAUUGAGAUGGAUGAAAAAUUUUAUUUGCCAUAGCAGCAGCAGGAUGUAUAAGAGUUCUAUAUUGAUGCUUUAGGGAGAAAGAGAGGUGAAACAUGGAGCAGGGAUCCCAGUGUCGAAGGGGGACAAGGAACGUUGUCAUAACUAUUAAAGGGCAUAAUGCAGAAUCCUUUAACUUUUUCUGCAGGUGGUGUUUUUUUGCAUGCUAAUCCUUCAGAGAAACAUUGUGUCCAACAAAGUAUGCUGGGUCAGCAAAAACAAGAAACUUGUGCUGGAAAGACAGUAUCCACAGAUAAACACAAAUCCCCUUCGGAUAUAAUACGAAGUUUUCAGAAGAAAAGUCAGUUUAGGACCAUUGCUCCAAAAAUGGUACCAAAAAUUUUAACAUCUGGAGUGGUUUCUUGUCUUCAGUCAUCUUUGCCUGAGCAAAAUACACCAAUUUCAGCUGCAGGUUCUAAACCGCUGGUGGUACCAACUCAAAACUAUGCGGUCAUGCAGGUGGCUGGUCACGAGGGGACUUUUUCUCUGGUGGCCUUGCCGUAUGUUGCCCCUGCCCUAACACAGCAAAUCCAGCAGUCAAAUGUGGCCCCUUCUGAAAACCUAAAGCUGCCUAUCCCUAGGUACCAGUCUGUAAGAAAUAAAUUUCUGAGUGACAAAAAAAUGGCACAAAUCUCUGGUUUGGGUGCACAUAACAGGAUUCCUACCAAAGCAUCGAUCUCAUCACAGACUUCCCCCAUGACUACUUUAACUGAAGACUGCCCUGAAACUCAUUCUAGUUCAGAUUCAGCUGAGCGAGUGAUGCUAACAGACCGUGACUCAGCUGAAAUUACAGUUGCCACAUUAGUAAAUAAAGGCAAUUGUGUGGAAUCUGGAUCACCUUUAGUGAACAAAACUGAAAUUGCUAACGGUAAUGUUUCUAGAUCAUCUGUAGAUAAAGACUCUUCAUCCAAGCCAGCAAGUACAAUUAAUCCCAUGAAGCUAAAUCUACGCUCUGUGAAGACAGCAUCGGAAACCACAGGAGAAUCGUUCAUAACAUUUGAGAAACUAAAGGAAAAACCUACAAAUUCUGCAAAUUCUGUUGCGGUCCUGUCACCAGCAGUUUUUGGCAGUACAAUACAGAUGACUCCAUCAGCACCAAAAGGAAAACUUCCUAUUUUGCCUUACUCAAGGAUGAAAAAUCCGGCGUUCUGUAAAUCUAAGCAGAACACUAAUGUUACGAAUGUGUCUGGUCCUUCACUAAGAUCUGAAUGUGAAAAGAUACCAGCUUUGGCAAAAACCUUUCAUGUUACUACUAAAGCAUCCGAUAAGCGAUUAGCUGUAUCAUUUACACAAGUCCCCAAACAAACCAUUCGAGAAAAAGUGGAUGUUGAGAGUCUUAAAAAAUUGAACAGUGCAGCCUCUAAAAGAAGAGGCAGAAAAAGGAGAGCCCCAGAUGAUUUAUUGGCUUUUCAGACCAAGCGAAGGAAAUGCAUCAUUAAUAAGUUUAGAGAAGGAAGAGAAAGGGCGAAAGUUGAUCUUCAGCCACCUGAAAACAAAAAAGCAGAGGCAGUGAAAAAAUACCGUAGUAUUAGACCAAAACCAGUGGUAGUUGUGCAGGCUUUUACACCACUGACCUCUGCAGCCGUCGCCGAGACGCCAUCUUCUGACCAUUUAGACCAAGAUAUUUUUUUAAAUAGUUCACUUCCCAAUAAAUAUUUAAGUUACAAGCAUAGUGAUGCUACAUCAGCUAAAUCAAGUGAUUUAAGUAGAAAUGCGUGUUUAACCGUACCUAAGCCAUUGCAUAAAUGUCACAUUUGUAACCAUAUCUUCCAAUUUAAACACCAUCUUCAGGACCAUAUGAACACACAUACAAACAAACGGCCUUACAGCUGUCGAAUUUGCCGGAAAGCGUAUAUUCACUCUGGAAGCCUGAGCACGCAUAUGAAACUUCAUCACAAUGAAGGCAAACCCAAAAAACUUGUAUGUUGUGAGUUCUGUGCUAAAGUUUUUGGCCAUGCAAAAGUGUAUUUUGGUCACCUAAGAGAAGUACACAGGGUAGUUAUCAGCACAGAGCCCUCUACUAGUGAGCAACAGCUGCAAGAUGCUUUAAAGAAGAGGGACACGAAUAUAAAAGAAGGAGAAGAAGCAACGGAGAGGGGAAAUAAGUGCAAUUUUGAGGACCUAUUCCAUAACCCAGGAGAAGUGAAAUUACAGAUCAAAUGUGGUCGAUGCCAAUUUAUUGCACAGUCUUUUGGUGAAAUGAAGUUUCACUUACUGUGCUGUCAUGGAGAAGAGAUCCAGGGAAGAGUAAAGGAAGGGGUUUUGCAAGGAAGUAGAGGAGCUAAGGGAGAACUGAUCAAACAUGCAACCCAAUUCUGGAAACAGCGCAAUGAGAGAAGACAUUUAGCAAAAUGCAGUGCCCAUGAGGAGGAGUUUUAUACUUUUCCAAAACUGAAAAGACAGGUAUAUUUUCACCAUCAAAGUAAUGUCGAUAUGUUAUCUAAAAGUGAACUGACUCAGUCAGGAAGUGGUGAAGCAGCCAAGGAGAUGCAAAAUGUAGGUUUUGGUACACCAAGCAAAAAAAUUGAAAUUUGGUCUAACGCGGGCUAUAACUGCAUUUUAUGCAAACAGUUAUUUGGAAGAAAGGAGGAUCUUUGUAAUCAUUGGCAGAGUCAUCAUAACUGUGAAGACCCUUCCAUUUUAUGGACAAUUUUUAGUUUGCUAUCAAAACAAGGAAUUAUUGAACUUUCUAAUAAUGGUGAAUAUUGAAGCUCAAUUCUACAAUGCUGUGAAAAACAUCAACUACAUUACCAAAUUGUUUAUGUUUUUUGCUAUGUUGCUAAACUAACUCAAGAGAUAUAUCACUUCAGAGGUUUGGUGGGUUUGUUGGAGGUUUUUUUAAGUUAUGCUAACCUUUAUUUUGUUAAAUAGAAAAUGUAUUCAUCCAGUAUUUUUCCAGAUGGGUACAUGCAAGCUGGUUAUGAAACACUGUACUUAGAAUUAAUGCAUAAGAAACUUAGCAGGAACUAAUACUCAAUGCCAAUGGUUAAUGUUAAGGAAAUAGAUUCUCAAGUUAAAUUAUACUAUACAUACAAAAAUAAAUCAGUUUAUAUGAAGUAAUCUCAAUCUUGAAUGAAAUGACAAACCAGACAAAGUGUAAUUUCAGUCUCAACUGUGCUUCCAGAUUUUAUGGUAAAUAUAUCUAUAAUCCCAUGCAGUUCUCUGGUUGAUUAGAAUGUUCAUACAGGCAGCUUGCAUUCAGGAGCUUUAUAAUCUAUAAUUUGAAAGCUUUUAAUUCUUGUUCAUUUCAGUGUCUUCAGCCUUGUUCAUUGCUUGCAGGUUUGUUAUUGACAGGUCUUUAGGUGUUUUGUUCUGUCCUGGUAACAGCACGGUUCUUUGGAUUAUUUAAAGCAAAAAAUCUACCCAUAUUUUUUUGCCUGUAGGUCUUUGGGUUGACGAUGGGUUAGUUGCCACCCAUGAAGAUGGAACCCUCAAAGAUUGACUGCUUUAUAAAAAAAAAAACAACAACCAAACAACAAGUUUAUUUUAAAAAUAGUAAUCUGAAUUGGUUACUCCUGGGAAGUUUGACAUUCUGCAAUAGGUGGCAUGAUCCACAGUGAACUUUUAGCAUAUUCCUUGCACCUCCUGUGACAGCAGCACUACUGCUGCCAACACCGUUAGCACUCUGCCUUUAACACUCUCGGUAUAUAGCUUUGUACCUCUGCAGUUGACCCAGUCUGUGACUUUAAAGGGAAAUUGUUCCUUCACUUCUAAGUCUAUGGUACAGGUAAUGAGUUUUUUUCACUUGUGUUGCAAGAUUUACUGUACUAGACAAAUUUGCAUGCAGCACCGUAACCUUCCAGUGUCAGGAGCCAGUAAUAGUUGCCUUACCAGGACGCAGAGCUGUAGCAGCCUGUAAUGCAGGAAUAGUGAGUGCAUGCUGUGCCCCUGCUGCAGAGCUGGCAUGGUAAGUGACCAUUUCAGCACAUCUUCAAGGGGGCAAGUCAUUUCAGGCUGUAAGGAGACCGAGUUCUGGAGCUCAGUUUUGAUGAAAA